AUGAGUUUUAAUGGAAAUGCACUACUGACACCUUCACGAUAUGGUGGAGAAUCAUGGAAUGCCCAAACAUGCUUUGCUGCACAAGAGGACUAUUUCGAAUGUUUGGAUAGAGAAAAUUCAACUAAUGUCAAUCGAAAACUUUGUGGCAGAGAACACCAAUUGUGGAAGGAUGUAUGCCCUGAUAGUGAUAGAAGAGCAUAAAUGAUAUUUAGAAGACUUGAGAGAUAAAAUUAAGCAUUGUACACAUCAGAAUAGCUCAGAUUAUAUAAUAAUCAAUAAAACAAUAGAAUGUUCAAAUGAUUAAUAAAAAUGCACAAGAUAAAUCAAACAUUAUUAUUAUUAUUAAC